AUUAUUAUUAUUAUUAUUUUAUUUUUUUAUUUUGAGUCAUACCUCCCGAAGGUCUCAGCUGGCUCUCGGAAACAGAUUUGUAAUUAAAACAGCGAACCCUCCCCUUGUCAGACGGCUAAUCUUCUUAGACGCCUUUUAAACAGAUUUACAAAAGAUAAAUCACAGCAGGUGGUUCAUUCGUUAGAGACUGGACGACAAAAAGGGCUUGUCUGUUAAUCUGUCUCGCGCACUGUGUUAGGGAAAGACAAAGAGUGGUUUAUUCAUGUUUACGAAUCCAAAAGUUAAGACCCUUUUUCUUUUGCUCUUGUGUUGAACACCUGUUUAAAAACUCACUUCCUCCCAGUCCUUCAACUCUAACUACUAAGCCACUUUGCCACAUUCCAGUCCCUCAGUACGUAUGGCACACUUUGCAUUGGUCUGUAUAUCUCACAGGGACUGGAUAUGAGUCUAGGGAGGCCAUGCUAAGAUUAUACAAGGCUCUAGUCGAUCCCAUUGAGAACACUGUCCAGUUUUGACCACCUCACUACAAAAAAAUACAUUAUUGCCCUUAAGAAGGUACAGAGAAGGGCAACUAGGCGGAUCCCAGGACUGAAUGCCAUGAGCUAAGAGGACAGGAUGAAAUCAUGAAAUCUCUGCAGCCUGGAAAAAAGAAAAAGAGGGGAUGACUGAAGUCUUUCAAAUCCUGAAUGCUCUAGAUAAUGUUAACCCAAGACAACAACUUCAAAUUGAGCACCGAGAGAAGAACACAAAUGGAAGCUGAGUAAAAGUAAGUUUAGAACACAGAGUGUUAUAAAUGCAUGGAAUCGCCUGCCAGGGGAAGCAGGGUCGAGUAGGGUGGGCUGAACUGCCUUGUCUCAUUCCCAAACCUUCCUUAUGUUCUGAUGUGCAAGAUAUGAGGCUGUGUGGUCCAGUGGUUAAAGAAAAGGGCUUGUAACCAGAAGGUCCCCGGUUCAAAUCCCGGCUCAGCCACCGACUCAUUGUAUGACCCUGAGCAAGUCACUUAACCUCCUUGUGCUCCGUCUUUCGGGUGAGACGUAAUUGUAAGUGACUCUGCAGCUGAUGCAUAGUUCACACACCCUAGUCUCUGUAAGUCGCCUUGGAUAAAGGCAUGUGCUAAAUAAACAAAUAAUAACCUGGGACUAUAGGAAAACAUAUAUGUGUGUGUAUAUAUAAUAUAGUUUCCUGCAGUGGAUAUCAGUCAUGGUGAUCAUGUGACAUCUCUCAUUUUGAAUGGACAGCUAUGGUUGUUGAAUUUCACUGACAUUUUUUUUUUUUUUUUUUUUUUUUAAAGCUAACAAAGCACUUAGAGAUGAAACAGAAAAGAUUAAGCUUUUAGCUUUUAAUGUAAUCCUUGCAACCAACAUCUCUGCAUCUCUGUGAGGGCUGUGUGAGUGCUGGCUGGGGUGUGUGUGUGUGUGUGCGUGUGUAUGUGUGUGUGUGUGUCGCCCUACUCUUGUCAAUGCCUGUUGUGCAGGUAAUCCCAGCCCAGGGGGUCUUGUGGCACAAGGCUGGGGGCUGGAGGGUGGUCCGCACACAAUAUAAACAGCAGGCACACAGCAGAUCAACACUUUUCACAGCACUCCACACAGCCCAAGAGAAAAGCAUGGCAGUGAACAGGGGUGCCUUCGUGUGGCUGCUGCUCUCUCUGACGGCCGUGUCGGAGGUCUGCUACGGCCAGCACUGGUCAUACGGGCUGCGGCCAGGCGGAAAGAGAGAGGCGGAGAGCCUGCUGGACACCCUGCAAGAGAUUGCUGACAUAGAGAAGCUGGACACUGGAGAUCACUCAGAGUGCGCUCUGAGCUCCCAGCGCAGCCAACUCAGCGGCCUAAAGGGGGUGCUGGCACGUCUGGUUGACGGAGAAUCUUCAAGAAAAAAGAUUUAGAGAUGAUGUAAAAAACAUGCUUCGAAUCAAAACUCUUCUGUAAUAAAAGAUGAAAUAACUUC